AUGCCACUUCGCGCUGGGACCAGCCGGACGCGCAAUUUUUCGUAUUCGAAAAAGUCCGAGACAAAAAAUUGUCGGACCGCAUUUUUCCCCCGAGCUUUUCGUCAUACAGCAAGCUCAAGGACAGUGUGUUGUGCGGUAAUUUUUCUUCGUCGCGGACAUCUUGAGGUAAUGCUUGGAGCUCAUGGGCAACAUCAGCUGAAGGUGUUCCUGGUGGAAAAUCAUGGGGUUUUGAGUCAGAAAUGUAUAUGUAGUAGGAGGAACAUGACCUGAGGGCUUUAGAGAUUUCAAGAUUUGCCGGGAUCUUUAUCAGUUUGGGUGGAAAUUUCAAUUUUCUUAAAAAUUUAACCUAAAAUCAGGUGUUCUUGAAAAUUUUGUUUGGAAUUCCUUAUGAAGAUAGAUGAAGUGUAGAUAACAUGUCCUGAGGGCCUCAGGCUCCAAGAUAAGCCUUUAUUAAAAUUAAUCUAAACCUCACCAGAUUUUUUUUCAAGUUUGGCUUAAAAAAAGGUUUUCUUGGAAAUGCCUCGUGUUUUUGCGCAAAAAUUGCCCCGGAAAAAGACGGAGCUGAAUGAAUGUGACCUGAAGAGCCCACACAUUCCUGAAUUAGUCUAAGUUCACGUUAUUUUAUACUUCGUUCAAAAAAAUUUUCUAAUAUUGGCCUAAAAGAAGGUGUUUUUUUGAAAAUUCGUUAUUUUUCUCUGGAAAAAGCCUCGCACUGAAACUCAAGCACAAGGUUUCGAAGCCACUUUCUGUCCUGUGGCCAUUCGCUCUCUUUUUAUUCCGAAAAAAACAAAAUUUCUAAAGUAUUUUUCGAAAUUCCGUUGUUUUCUCUCUAAUUUUCUAAAAUUUCCACUAAAAUCUGAUUUGAUACUCUGUUAUUGUCAAUUUAUUGUUGCCUCAAGGUACGUUUUUGUAGUUUUUGUUUCUUUUGUCCUUAGGGCUUAUCGUUUUCCGUCUAAAAAUCGAGGGAAAGUUUCAAAAAAAGAGGGAGAUUUUAUCAGAUUUUUGAAGAACUCGAGAACGCUUGUUGUUCUUACAAAAUUCAUACAAAAGCGGUUUGGCGGGACAUUUUGGCUGCCUAGUGCCAGCCGACGGGUUUCCCGAAACGAGGGCGGGGUAGACGAUUUUGGCGCGAAAUCGGCGUCGCUUGAGAUGGGGGAAUUUUUGCGCCGCUCUCCGGAGAUAUGAGGACAUCUGGGCGAUGCCGAGUCGGCUGGUAUACGGUAAAAAGAGAAACGCUUUUGUAUUUACCACAGUUUUAUGGGCUUUGAAACGACUGCUAAGCGGGGUUUUCGGAAUUUUUGCGAAGCUUAAUUGGUCAUGGGUAAUAUAGCCGAGAAUUUUGAUAGGCGAAUGUUUGGGUUGUCCUUGUGAGAAUAGAGAAAGAAUAAAAUUAUGCAACCUUUAGUGGGAUUUCAUAACAUUGCGAAAAGAUCUGAUGGUUAGUAUUCUGCGACCUUAUCCAUGGUGAAAAUAACGAAAAUUCCCCAACUUUACGGCGGGGUUUUGGUUCCACAGAGUCUACAGUGGGGGACCUGAUCCAGUGGCGAAAAACGUACCAUUUUGCAUCCAGGAAGUAUUUCAAAAUAUGGCAAAAUGCCUCCCUCUCCAAGUAAAAAACUUCGUUUUGAAAGGUGCGCCUUUCCCCUCACGAACAGAGCGGGCGCGCUUUUGAAGUCUCAGUUUUUUCACUUGGAGAGGGAAGCAUUUUGCCACAUUUUUGAUACCUCCCGGAUGCAAAAUGGUAUGUUUUUUGACACUGGAUCAGGUCCCCCACUGUAAGUUGUUCUGAAAUUGCUCUUUUAACGUUCUUGAAGGUUGUACUCUCAGCACUCGCGUAUUUUUACAUUAUACUUGACAUCAAUCUGCCAAGUGUAACAUAACUCAUAAAAGUUGUCUGUAAUGGAACCCUGAUAGAUAUAAAAUGACCUUUAAUUUUCGUGUUACAGCCCUUAUUUUCAUUAUAAGUCCAUUAUCCAUCUAAGAUCUCGAUUUCAGACCUUAACUAACCCCUUCUUCCAACCUCUUCGUAUCUCCAAGAUGCAUUACGUUAUCAAGCGCGAUGGUCGGAAGCAAAUGAUGCUCUUUGACAAGAUUACUCAUCGUAUCGAGAGUUUGAGUUAUGGUCUGAACCGGGAAUAUGUUGAUCCAGUAAGUUGUUUGACAAAAUUUUUGUUUUGAGAGUUUAGAUUAGAAUUUUUUGGGGGUUUUGAUGUUUAGAGGAAGUCAAGAAGAAGUUUCUGAUGGAUCUGUUGUGGGAAGGGGGAGAAUUGAGGUUUUUUGUAGCGGCGAAGGAAGACUUGACUCAUUGUCGUAGAGGUUGGGACAAGUGUUACUCUUGGCUACAAAAUGAGGGAAAAUGUUGCAGACUAAAAAAUAUUUUGUUGGCAUUGUAGAAUAUGGCCCGUUGCAGCUUUAAAUUCCACAUUCUUUCAGAUUGACAUCACCAAAGUUGUUGUUCAAGGAAUUUUCGAUGGAAUCACCACUAGCCAACUCGACGAAUACGCCGCCAACGUUGCAUCUACCCUCUCUGUGGAGCACCCGGACUACAUGGUACUCGCUGGUCGAAUCGCCGUCUCCAAUCUGCAGAAGGAAACCUCCAAGAAGUUCAGUGAAGUCGUUGAGACCCUCUACAACAACAUCAGCUAUGGUGAGCCGAAACCGCUUGUCUCGAAGGACUUGUACGAUGUGGUGAUGAGCAAUGCCAAGCGCUUGGAUGACGCCAUCAUCCACAGCCGAGACUUUGAUUUCACUUACUUUGGGUUCCGAACUUUGGAAAGGGCUUAUUUGUUGAAGGUGGAUGGAAAAAUCGUGGAAAGACCUCAGUUCAUGUUCAUGAGAGUUGCCUUGGGAAUCCAUAUGUACGACAUUGAUGCUGCUAUUGAGGUAAGACUUAGAUUUUUUAUGUUUUUGGCAUUUUUAGGAGGUCUACCCAGUGUAAUAUAAUUUUUUGAAAUCUUGAUUCAGUUGAUGUGAUUUGGUGGUUGAGUUAUGUCUGACAUGGCAGACUAUGAUUCUUCUUGUCCUCUCAAACCUUAUUUUGGAUGCUUCGACAUUGGUUUUGAUUAAAUUUAUAUCACUUUAGACCUACAACUUGAUGUCCGAGCGUUGGUUUACCCACGCCACUCCCACCCUCUUCAAUGCCGGUACUCCAAUUCCCCAGCUGUCUAGCUGCUUCCUUCUGACCAUGGCCGACGAUUCCAUCGAUGGAAUCUACACCACGCUCAAGAGGUGCGCUAUGAUCUCGAAAUGCGCCGGCGGAAUUGGUCUCAACAUCCAUAAUAUCCGUGCGAAGGGAGCCAAGAUUGGUGGAAAUCCCGAUCGUUCAACUGGAAUCGUCCCCAUGUUGAAGAACUUUGAGAUGACCGCGAAAUAUGUUGAUCAAGGAGGAAGGGUAAGAAUUGAUAUUAUUUUUGGGUUUUUAGAGCUUGACUGGACUUUUUAUGGAUGGAUAAGAUGAUGUAUGUGUUGGAUGAGCCCUGUAGAGGAUUUAUGUUAAAUUUAGCUACAGUUCAUUUGCUUUGAAAUGAUUUACAUAAAGUUUUUCUCCAAGAUGUCAUAAUUUUUCGCUGUUUUAGCGUCCCGGUGCCUUCGCCAUAUACCUGGAGCCAUGGCACGCGGAUAUCUUUGAUUUUUGCGAACUCCGUCUCAAUGUAGGCCCGGAAGACCGAAGAUGUCGCGAUCUGUUCACUGCUCUUUGGGUCCCCGACAUUUUUAUGAAGCGUGUCCAAUCCGAUGGAAUGUGGUCUUUGAUGAGCCCUGAUGAAUGUCCCGGUCUUCCCGACUGCUGGGGAGAGGAGUUUGAGAAGCUGUAUGAAGGGUGAGCACUUUUCAUUAUUUUUUUUGUUAAUUUAGAUCAAAAAGAAUGUUAUACUUGAUGCAAAGAUAUCAAAAUUGAUGUUUUUCUUUGUAGAUACGAAGCCGAGAACCGCUACCGUCGCCAGGUCCGCGCUCGUGAUCUCUGGCAAGCAAUCAUCAAGUCCCAAUGCGAAACUGGAUUGCCUUAUAUGGUCUACAAGGAUCAUUGCAACCGAAAGUCGAAUCAGCAAAAUUUGGGCACCAUCAAGUGCUCCAACUUGUGCACGGAGAUCAUCGAAUACUCCUCGCCGGACGAGGUCGCGGUGUGCAACUUGGCAUCCAUCGCGUUGAACCGGUUUGUGAUCAUCAAGGACGAAAGAAAUGGAAAUAAUAGUGAGAGAUCCUUCGACUUCCAGAAGCUCCAUGAUGUCACCAAGGUGGUCGCCAAGAAUUUGAACAAGGUAUGAGAGAUUUGGGGGAGUUUCGGACAAAAUUGUAGAAGGAAAUCGGGGUUUUGAGGCGUUUUUCGGAUAUUGUAGUAGAUAAAGGCGAAAAUAUUUGGAGUUUUGUAAGUCUUGAAGGUUUUUGGAAAUGAUAAUGAUGUAUUUGAACGUGAAAUUAGGGGAUUAGAAGGGAUUUUUUAUAUUGUUUUAGGGGAAUUUAUAGAAAUUUGAUAGAUUUUUUGUGUUUUUGUAGGUAAAUUGAUUUGAAAUGAAAAUCGAAGGCCAAUUCAUGGUUUUGGAAGUCGUUAUAAAGGAAUUGGAUGGGAAAUUUUGGGCCUGCAAUGGAUUUGUUAUAUUGUUUUAGGCUGUUUUUUUGAAAAUUUUUUAAUUUGAGAAAUUUUACGACAAUUUCUGGUCUUAUUCUUGUCCUUCCAGGUGAUUGAUGUCAAUUACUACCCCAUCGAAGAGGCGCGCAAGUCCAAUCUCCGCCAUCGUCCCAUCGGAAUCGGAGUCCAGGGUCUGGCCGACGCCUUUAUGCUGAUGAGACUGCCGUUCACCAGCGACAAGGCCAAGCUCCUCAACAUUCAGAUCUUCGAGACCAUCUACCAUGCGGCCCUGGAGGCCUCAUGCGAGUUGGCCAAGGAGUUUGGACCCUACGAGACCUACGAGGGCUCUCCAAUGUCCAAAGGCCAGCUUCAACCCGACCUCUGGGGUGUAAAACCCACAGAUCUCUGGGACUGGGAUUCCCUCAGGGCCAAGGUCGCCAAAUAUGGUUGCCGCAAUUCCCUCCUCGUCGCUCCGAUGCCCACCGCCUCCACUGCCCAGAUCCUGGGCAAUAACGAGGCCUUUGAACCCUACACCUCCAACAUGUACACGAGAAGAGUGACCAAGGGCGAUUUCCAGGUCGUCAACCAACAUUUGGUCCGUGAUUUGAUCGCAAUCGGCCGAUGGAACAAGGACAUGAUGUAUGACAUCAUGCGAGACAACGGAAGCGUUCAGAACUUGGAUCUGCCGGAGGAAUUGAAGGAGAUCUACAAGACUGUCUGGGAAAUCAAACAGUUGGACUUGGUGCGAAUGGCCGCCGACCGAGGACCGUUCAUUGAUCAAAGCCAGUCGCUGAAUGUCUUCAUUGCAAGCCCCAACUAUCCGAAGUGCACCACUCUGCAUUUUAAGGUGAGGAAUUGUGAUGUUUGGGGGUGUGGAAGAUGUUUUGGAGGUUUUGAAGGGGUUUUUCAGCUUUGAGAGUGAUAAUCAAGUUUUUUGGGGAGAAGUUUCGAUUGUGGUUGAAGAAUAGAGGACGUUGAGUAGUUUAUGAGAGUUUGGAGGAAUUUGGGAAAGAGAUUUUGUGAUAAACUUGAAUUUUAUGGGAUAAACGGGGAUUUUUUGGGAAGAUUGGAUGUUUUGAAGGAAUUUUUGGAUUUUACAUCGAGGUUUGAGACGUAUUGGAUCCUCAGGGCGCAAAGUGAGUUGUCGAAAAAAAAUAUGGCAAGGGGAGACCAAAUGGAUGGUUUUUGUUUGUUUUUUCUUUACGUUUAAAGUUCAAUAUAAGAUAUUUGAGAGGUCUAGACGCUGAUAUUAGGGUCUACAGCUGACUUUUAGUCUGUACAGUGACGGACCUCAUCCAAUGGCAAAAAAUGUACCAUUUUGCAUCUGGGAAUUUCCAAAAAUGUAGCAAAAUGCCUCUUUCUCCAAGUGAAAAACUUCGUUUUGAAGGGCGCGCCCUUUCCCACACAAAAAGAGUGGGCGCGCUUUUGAAAUCGGGUUUUUUUAACUUGAAGAGGGAGGUAUUUUUCGAUACUUUCUGUAUGCAAAAUGGUACGUUUUUGGCCACUGGAUCAGGUCCGUCACUGUACAGUCUAAAAGUCGGCGGCAGACCAUAAUAUCAGCUUCUAAACCUCUCAAAUAUCUGAUAUUAAACUUUAAACGUAAAGAAAAAACAAACAAAAGCCAUCCAUUUAGUCUCCCCUUGCCAUAAUUUUUUCCGACACCUCAAUCAGCGCCCUGAGGAUCCAAUACUUCUCAAAAAAACUUCUCAAACCUAUCUGUAAAAUCCAAAAAUUCCUUCAAAACAUCCAAUCUUCCCAAAAAAUCCCGUCUAUUCCAUAAAAUACAGGUUUAUCCCCAAAAUUUCUCUUCCAAACUCUCAUGCACUACUCCACGUGCUCUAUUCUUCAACCACAAUCAAAACUUCCACAAAAAGGGGUCCCCAUGCUGUAUAGGCGAUGAGUUUAGUAAAUAAUUUUUAAUUUUUCGUCAAUUUUUAGGCCUGGGAAUGGGGUCUGAAGACGGGAAUGUACUAUCUCCGCUCCAAACCAUCCGUCAAUCCAAUCAAGUUCACUGUCCCGAAGACGAAGGUAGCCGCAACUGAGGAGGCCGAGCCGUCAACGACCGAGGAAGCGGCUAAUCCUCCAAGUUCCCCCACCAAGUCUCCAAAAAAGGCCAUUGUUGAAGAGGAUGACAAGGAGAAUUUGAAGAUCCCCAAUGCCCGCACCAUCCUCGGAUUGAAGGACAGCAAUGUCGAAGAGGAGGGAGAGGGAUGUCUCAUGUGCAGCUCAUAA